AUGGAUCCUUUUCUGAAGAAAUUCUUCCCUGAUGUGUACGCAAAGGAGCAUAACAUUAAGCCCACUGAUAACCAAUAUUGUAAAUUUGAUAGCCAAGUGCUCACACUCUUCACUUCCUCUCUCUAUUUGGCUGCUCUUGUGGACUCAAUCUUUGCAUCCAAGGUAACUCGAGCCUUCGGUUUUGGAAUCGGAAGUGCCAAUCAGUCUGUGCCGAUCUACGUGUCCGAGGUUGCUCCAUACAAAUACAGAGGAGCACUUAACAUGUUGUUUCAAUUGGCAAUCACCAUUGGCAUUUUUGUUGCCAAUAUUCUGAACUACCUUUUUGCCAAGAUGGAGAACGGCGAAGGGUGGCACUAUAGCUUAGGUUUGGCAAGGGUCCCUGCAAUAAUGAUCAUCAUCGGUGCAAUGUUUCUUCCUGACUCACCAAACUCGUUGAUCGAGCGUGGACAAGCUGAGAAGGCCAAGGAGGAACUAAUCAAGAUUCGUGGAACCAAUGAUGUUGACGAGGAGUUUAAGGAUCUUGUUGCUGCCAGUGAAGCCUCCAAACAGGUCAAGCAUCCUUGGUCUUCUUUGCUCAAAAGUGAGUACAGGCCUCACCUCACCAUGGCCAUAGCCAUUCCCUUCUUCCAACAACUCACUGGCAUGAAUGUCAUCACAUUCUAUGCUCCUGUUUUGUUCAAAACUAUUGGCUUUGGUGGAACUGCUUCCCUUAUGUCUGCCAUGAUUACCGGAGAUUGUAACGCCCUUGCCACCCUUGUUUCCAUCUUUACCGUUGACAAGGUUGGCAGACGAAAGCUUUUUCUCGAAGGUGGUGCUCAAAUGUUUAUCUGUCAGCUUGUGAUCGCAGCUGCAAUAGGUAGCAAAUUUGGAACAGAUGGAAACCCUGGAGUUCUUCCCAAGUGGUUUGCCUUAACUGUUGUGGUAUUCAUAUGUAUUUACAUGGCGGGAUUUGCAUGGUCGUGGGGUCCACUAGGAUGGUUGGUACCCAGUGAAAUAUUCCCGCUUGAAGUUCGAUCGGCGGCUCAGAGCGUCAACGUUUCAGUUAAUAUGAUCUUCACCUUUGCCAUUGCCCAAGUUUUCACUGCGAUGUUGUGCCAUAUGAAGUUCGGGCUCUUCAUCUUCUUUGCAUUCUUUGUGAUUGUUAUGAGUAUCUUUAUCUACAAGUUCUUGCCAGAAACAAAGAGUGUUCCCAUUGAAGAAAUUUCUCUUGUGUGGGAGAAUCAUCCAUAUUAUAACGAAUUCGUCAAGUCCUCUGCUCAAAAGAAAAAAAUUGCUGCUCCAUAUUCUCAAGUUUAG